CGCUUAUCACUUCCGGUAUAGGCCUACAGUAUAUUACAGCUCUUGCAUUUAUGCUUGGAUUGGAUGAUCAUGGCGGAGGAAGCGGAGAAGCUGCAGCGUCAUCUGGACCUGUUGCGACAGGAGUAUGUGAAGCUGCAGAAUCGUCUGGCAGAGGUAGAACAGAAGUACAAUGUUGCCACUGCAGCUAACAGCGGUCGAGGGAAAGGGGAAGAAGGCAAUUUUGUGUCAAGACUCCUGCUCACUGUUGCUGACCUGUUUGAUAAGGAGCUAUACAGUGACCUGGUUGUCCGGUUAGCAGGUCAAGAGGUCAAAGCUCACAAGUUUGUCCUUGCAGCCCGAAGUGACCACUGGGGAGUACCCAAUUUGGCUGAAGUACACAGUAUUGAUUUUACAGAUAUUGGUCAUGAGGUUGGUAUGGACUUGCUGAAGUGGGUUUACACUGAUGUGAUCACAUUGAGACAAGAUGAUACGUUUGUUUUAGAUCUUCUUAGAGCAGCCAGUAGGUUCCAUUUAGAACCAUUGCAAGACAGAUGUGAGAAGACCCUGAUGUCUUCUGUCAAUGUGCGGAACUGCAUCCGUUACUACCAGGUUGCUGAGGACAUCGGUGCCAUGCAACUCAAAGGCUACUGCUCUGAACUCAUCUCAAGUCACUGGAAUGAUUUCACGAGUGAGGACUUUGGCAACAUGGCUGCUCCUCUUCUGUACAAGAUGUUCAAGACCAAGGCCCCAUUCCCUCUUCAUACAGCUAUCAGGAAUAGGAGAGAGGAUAUUGUAUUUCUGUACCUUGUAGAAUAUGAUGCACAGUUACCAGGGAAACUAAAUGAGGUUGAUGACAGAGGUGAUCUUCCACUGGACUUGGCCUUGUCUUCCAAGCAAGAGAGUAUUGCCAGUGAACUGGUCAAGCACAAAGUGGACAUAGAUAGGGCAGAUCGUCAGGGUCAUUGUCUGCUGCACAAAGCAAUCAAAAGAGUGGAUGAAUUUUCUGCCAACUUCCUGAUCAAGUCUAAGGCCAAUGUAAAUGCUGCUACCCAGGGUGACAGAGAAACCCCCCUUCACAUGGUGUCUGGUUUUAACCCCAUUGUAACUGACCCAGCCCAGCUAGAAGGUAUGGUUAGGGUAGCAGAACAGAUCAUACAGGGUGGAGCCAACCCCAAUGCACAGGAUAGCAAGGGAAACACACCCAUUCACAUUGCGAUCGGAAGCGGAAACACUGCUGUGUUUGAUAAACUCCUCAGCCACAAAUCGAUCAAUUUUGAUCUAUUGAACAAUGAUGGUGAUUCUGCCCUCUGGUGGGCUCUGGAUAAUACUGCCACUAAUACCAGCUACAAUGAUGACAGUCUAGCUGCCAAGCUCAUUAGGAGAGGAUGUAGUCCUGAUGCAAUCAACCCACAAACAGGUGAUACUCUGAUGCAUAGAGCAGCCAGGUCAGGGAAUGAAGAAGGAGCUCUUUUCUUAGCUACACAUGGUGCUUCGCCAAAUCUUGCCAAUUUCAAGGGAGAGACGCCCUUGCAUGCUGCUGCCAGCUUUGGCCUCGCCCGGCUCUCUGAUCUCCUCCUCCAGAAGGGGGCCAACCCCAACACCCAGACUAGAGAUACCGGUAGUGACCUUACCUCCCAGUUCAAUUCCAUGGGGUUUGGCUCUACCCCAUCAGAAACCGUGUCCUCUGCAGGUUCCAACCCAUUCACGGAUGAGGGAUCCUUUGGAAGGGGUGAUGGUGGUUUUGGAAGAGAAACAGGAGGAGGGGAUGGAGGAGGAAAUGGAGGAGAUAGUAGUCUACUCGUGGCCUGCAAACAGACCCCACUUCACAUGGCAGUGGCAAACAGGCAUGCAGAAGUAGUUGGUGUCUUCAUGGAACAUAGAACCCAAGCCCUUCAAUCUCGAGACGGUAUCCAGAUCAUUCCAGACUUCAAUCUUCGCGAUUCCAACGAUCAGACUGUUCUUGGCCUGGCCCUGUGGACUGGACUGCACAGCUUUGCAGCCCAGCUUUUACAUGCUGGAGCCAACAUCAAUUACACUACUGGAGAAGGUCUAACGUUGCUUCAUCUUGCCAUUCAGAAGCAGGAUACAUCCAGUGCUUUAUUUCUCCUUGAGCACCAGGCCGAUAUCAAUAUCAAGACGAGAGAUGGUGAAAACCCUCUUCAGCUGGCAAUCAAGAGGCAUCUACCAGUAGUGGUUGAUGCUCUAUGUGUGAGAGGGGCAAACAUGAACACCCCUGAUGAGAAUGGAAACCCACCCCUUUGGGUAGCUUUAGAGAGCGGCCAGGAAGACAUUGCCUCAACUCUGGUACGACAUGGUUGUGAUACUACGGCUUGGGGUCUAGGUGAAGGAGGAAUGCAGCAGACAUUACUCCACAGAGCCAUUGAUGAAAACAAUCAAACAGUGUCAUGCUUUCUUGUUAGGAGUAUGUGCGAUGUGAACAGUCCUAGAAGACCAGGACCAAAUGGAGAAGGUCCAGAUGAGGCUUUUGAUGGUCAAGGUCCACUUCACCAUGCAAGUGAAUGGGGUCUGGAACAAGUGGUCCAGUGCCUUAUUGAGCAUCAAGCAGAUAUAAAUGCCAAGGAUUCGGAAGGUAGGACACCUCUUCACAUAGCCAUUAGCAACCAACACCCGACUAUCAUCAGUCUCAUCAUGUCUCAUCCACUCCUGGAUUUGACGCUAAGAGACAAGGGUGGUCUGACACCAUUCGCUGCUGCCCUCACCUUCAAGAACAACAAAGCUGCACAGGCUAUACUUGAUAGAGAACCAAGAGCAGCGGAACAGCUUGACAACAAGGGCAGGAACUUUCUCCAUGUUGCCGUUGAGAAGUCAGACAUAGAGAGUGUUCUCUUUCUUAUCAGUGUGAGGGCGAAUGUCACUUCUCGUAUACAAGAUUCAUCUCAACUCACUCCGCUUCACCUUGCAGUCCAAGCUGGUUCUGAGAUCAUUGUGAGGAACCUGUUAUUAGCCGGUGCUAGUGUGAUGGAUCUGAACAACCAUAAACAGAAUGCUCUUCAUAUGGCUGCAGCUAAAGAUCAUUCAACAAUCUGUAGUAUCCUCAUUGAGAAUGGCAUCAAUGUGGAUUCCAAAGAUGACAAUGGGAACAGUGCUCUCCACAUAUCAGUGCAAUAUGGAAACUUGAACAGUGCAAGAGUACUCCUUACUGAAUCUAGCAUUGAUGCUGAGGCAUUCAACAUGAGGGGUCAGACACCCAUGCAUUUACUGGGGCAGUACGGCAGGGACAACGCUGCAGCCAUCUUUGACCUGUUCCGGGAAUGCAUGCCCCAGUAUCCUCUAGACAAGCAGGAUGCCGAGGGCAACACUGUCUUGUUGCUAGCCUACCAAAAGGGCAAUGGGGCUAUCUGCAGGGCAAUUGUUAGGGCAGGGGCUAGUCUUGGUAUCAUGAACAAACAAGGCGUGUCUAUCUUUAAUGCUCAGGUGGCCACCAAGCAACUUCUCUUUAGGCUCUUAGAUAUGUUGUCAAAGGAGCCAGCAUGGUCAGAAAGUGAGCUUUGUCAAGAAUGUCAGGUUAAAUUCAGCAUUAAGACAAGAAAACAUCACUGUCGACACUGUGGUAGAAUCCUAUGCAGCAAGUGUUCAUCAAAGAUGGUUCCCAUUGUCAAAUACGACCUCUCUCGUCCUGUAAGAGUCUGUAAUGUAUGCUUUGAUGUGCUUUCUCUGGGUGCCAUGUGAACUGUCCAUCGACUCCAUUCCUGAUCGGUGUAUGUCACCCUCCAGAGAUGUCACGCUCAAUCCGAUGCCAACCCUGCCAUUCAGUUGAUCCAAACACACCCAUCAUCAGCUUGAGGAUGACAUUGGUAACCAUCCGCUACAUGACUUUACCCCUCCUGCUUCACAGACUGAUUGACAGACUAGGAUGUACUCUCUUCCUGGUGUCUCUGAUCAACAUUCAGCCUUAUUCACACUCCUCUAGGGGAGCAUAGUUCAUUACCUGCUGAUGUGUAGCGGGUAAUCCACAGCAUUUGAUGUUGGGUCUUUCGAUGCUACUGCAAGUCAUUAAUGGAGCAAACUCCCAUAAGAUAUCAACAGGAAUACCACUGCCAAUCUAUUCUCAAUGAUGUGAAGUUUAUCUGUUCAAAUAAUUUUUUGAUUUUAUGAUUUGUUGUGCAUGUCUUCUUAAAGUUCAAAAUGGAUUAGCAUUUAUAGAAUGUCAUGAGCAAGGUCCUGGAUACUCUGGCCAAGAAAUAACAUUAGCAGUGUAACAAGGAUUCAGUGCCUUUGAUUAAAAAAAAACUAGAUAAGUAGAGCAAAUAUAGUAAAAUUGUUACGAAAAUACAAAACACUAGCCACUGAUUGAAUCUAUAAAUGACUGGAAAUAUAAUCUUGUUCAAUUUUACUGAUAUACAUUAGAAUACUUGAUUAUUUAAUGACAGAUAGUAUUUUAAUGGUUCAAUUUCUCUGUGAUAUAAUCCAAUAACACUUUGGUAUAAAGGGUGCCACAUUAUUCUAAAUAAUUCUAAGAUUGAUCAUUGUUAGAAUACACAGCUGAUAUUACUUCCUACCCAACUGAUACUGCAUCACUUACAGUCAAGAUUGAAGCUAUAUUGUCAGGUUUCAUCUAGAAACAGGAAUUGUCCAUCACCAACAGUCUAAAGAGUUUUAUGAAAUACAAACUUUAUGUAAUGCUCUGUAUACAAUUAUAUCAAUAUUUAAAAGUAAUUAUCUCACUCUUGGUAGCCAAAAAGGCUAAGGUGAAGCUUGUAUUUCACUGUAUUGAGUAAGUUUUAUCCACUGACUUAACUUCUGUCAGUCCUUUCCGGAUCUUUUCACAACUCCGGAGUCAAAGAAUUUAAUCAUUGCAAAUCAGUAUCUGAUGACUGGGUUAAAGCACUUUGACAGUUUGUUUUAAUGUAUUAAGUUCUAUGGAAUACUAUCUCGUAGUAUACUGUCUCCAUGAAAACUGAAGAUGAUACCCUAUUCACACUGUUUUAUUAUGUUAUGAAUCUUGAGUAUUAUUCUAUGCUUUGAUAUACCAAUUUUAUGGGCAAGUCUACAUUUCCAUAGGGCUCAUGGCUAUAAGACAGCAUUAAUGGGGGAAAAGAAUGCAUAGCCAACCUCUAAGGCCAAUGAGAAGGGCAUUGAUCCAGUCAAUAUGGAAUGGCCUUUGAUGGCCUUGUUUUAAAGUGCUAAAAAGAAAUUCAUCCAUCCUUGAGUAAUCUUUAAUACUGUUUUUUGUUCUCGAAGCAUUUGAUUUGGAUUUGAAUUUACCUCCAUUGGUUGAUCCUGCCAUCCCCCCUACAUUUUGGUUCAAAUUUGCAAUAUAUCAUGAUUUCUUAUGAAUGAUAUGAAGAGAUGAUCAACUCCCAGGGUAGUCAAAUUGAUUUAAUCACAGCAUUUGUUAUUGUUAGAUGUAUGUUGCUAUCAUUUUGUACUCUAUUUAUUGUAUAGUGAUAAUUGUUUUUGUAAUAUUUCCAAAGGUGGUUUCUUUUUUUAACUUCAAAGCAUAUAUCAUGACU